ACGGACAAUCGCACACAAAUACCAAAUACCUUCAACUACAACUCACUAUCAGUAAAAAAAUAAUAUUCUAGGGGAAACUGCCUUAAAGCAUGUAGCCUGUCCGAAAGAACGGGCUAUUUCUGUUUCCCGGUGUCUUUUCAGGGACAAUUUGACGUUUCGGGAGGCGACGGGAUUGUAUUACAAAACGAAAGGUGGCAGUAUAGAGGAGUGGGAAUGAGGGGAAACCUGGGAAUAGCAAAAGAAGUGGUAAAUUCGCAAAACAGAGUGGUCAGACAUACUUUGAAAAAUAUACAUGCAUAGAGACAGCUGCUUUAUCUUUGUUUUUCAUUUUUAAAGUAGCGAAAGCAGCGAUUUAAAUGGCGAGCCGGCGGUGCGAAGUUGUUUUCCUGUAAUUUUUUUCUCUUUUUCGCGUUGUGGGCCUGAUUUUUUUUUUAAAAGAUGGUCUCCUGGAUCCUCUCUAGAGCUGUUGUGCUUGUCUUUGGGACCUUGUACCCUGCAUACUACUCAUAUAAAGCAGUCAAAAGCAAGAAUGUGAAAGAAUAUGUUCGUUGGAUGAUGUACUGGAUUGUAUUUGCACUUUAUACAGUAGCUGAAACUGCAGCAGAUUUCUCCUUAUCUUGGUUCCCCCUCUAUUAUGAAAUAAAAAUUGCCUUUGUGAUUUGGUUGCUCUCCCCAUACACAAAAGGUGCAAAUCUUAUCUACAGGAAGUUUUUGCAUCCUCUUUUGUCUUCAAGAGAAAGGGAAAUUGAUGAUUACCUUGUUCAAGCAAAAGAACGGAGCUAUGAAACCAUGGUGAACUUUGGCAAGCAAGGCCUUACUAUAGCAGCAACAGCGGCAAUCUCGGCAGCUGUCAAGGGUCAGGGAGCUAUAGCCGAGAGACUGAGGAGCUUCAGCGUGCACGAUCUAACACAAAUUCCAGGUGAUGAAGAUAGCAGUCAAGCAUACUUGAGAAUCUCUAUUUCUGGAGAAAAAGGCAGAAGUCAAGGUUAUAACAGCCCAGAUUAUUGUACGUAUGAACCGACUGAGAAGACUGACGAAGCUACUGAACCCUUCUUUUCUGAGGAAGAGCCCAUCGGCCAGCACAGUUUAAGAAGAUCACAGAGUGUCAAAAGCACAAGACCAAAAGUGCGUAAGGAGCCCCGAUAUGGAUCUUUGAAAAUCAAAACGAAACGAAGACCUGCUCUGAACUCUGUCAACUAUGAAAUAUGAAAAUCUACCAGUGAAUUUUAAAUGGUUUUAACAUAACUUUGUAAAAUGUUUUGAUGUUAAUAGUUAUUACUGAAUACAGUGGAAACAUACUUUUAAAAUUUUACAAUUUACAGGGGCCUUAAACUUUUGUAUUUCCAAUAUAUACUACAUCUUCUACUCCAUACAUCCAGUAUGUUUUUUUGUCUUGAUGCUAUUCAGACUUUUUGUCUGGCAUGUAAUAGCUGUAUCUCGUAAACUUGAAUGUUCUGCACUCCAGGCAUCAAUAACCAAAUAGAUCAGAAUAAAACGCCAAUGAUUUUUUUUUGAAUUUGUGUUGGCUGUUGUUUCCUAAGAUAUAAUUAGCUUUAUAUGCUUUUUUGGUGCACAUCACAUGAAUAUAAAUGGUAGCAGGGCUUCUCAAGGAUCCAUUCGAAUCCUACAAAACAAGUUCAUUUAUCUUUUUUAUUAUUAAUGCUGUUUUGUGUUUGUGCAUGUUCUCCUAAUUUAGCAGCAUCUUUUCCUUGUUCCUGUUGCUCCAGAUCAGUAGUCAACAUGAUGGAAAAUUCUGACAGACAUUGUGUUCAAAAUGACUUUUUUUUUAAUCAUGCACAUGGUAUUCUAAAACAUAACCUACAUGGGUUUUUUUUUUUCUUUACCACGUACACAGACAAGUCUUGCCACGGACACGUUUGUUCUUGUAAAGACAAGUCGUUGACGAUCCAUGAUCCAAGAGACAGUACCUACCAACCCAAAAGCAGUAAAGACUAAACAUUUGAACUGACGAUGUGCCAAAAAUUCUAAAGAAUGUAAUCUGUGAAAGGGAAAUCUGAUUUCUUGCAAAAAUGUACAGCCCGAAUACUUCUGGUCCUUAUAGCUCAUUUUCAAUAAAAAAGUUGAUAAACCCA